AUGUCGCAGCCUGCAACAGUCACCAGAUAUGCGAGUGAGUACCACAUCUACACGUCUUUUUUCUCUUGCAGAAUCAUCAAUUUUGACAAACGAUCUUACCAAUUAGGCCCCAAUGAACGACGUACCAUCAGUCGUGAGGACGUUGGGUUCUACCAUGCACUAGUGAUUGGAGCCAUUUAUGAAAUCCCAAGUGAUGCUAUAGAUGUUAACUCGGCUCGCUCAUUCAUCUCACCUUUGACAUGCUGCGUCCAAGAAUACCCGUACCUCGGCGUGGUUGUCAAAGACAAAGAUACCGAGCAAUCAUUUUAUGAGGCAUGUUCGAGUGUCAACCUCGAACAUCACAUUUCUAUCAUUCAAAAAGAUCCCAGUAGCGAUGGAGAAAAUGCCACUAUCCAGCAAUGCCUGCCAGAAAUCCUUGACAGACCCUGGCUAGCCGAUUUACCACCUUGGCGAAUCGUUGUGGUUCCUCUUACGCCGGAAGCUCCCGGGUUGAGUCGCUUUUUCGUUGCAUUUGCAUUCUCACAUGCUCUCGGUGAUGGCAUGGUCGGGGUAGCAUUCCAUCGCACCUUUCUGAACGCGCUUCGACGAUCGUCUGGUUCCAAGGACGAUUCGUUCCUAGUAACUCUGCCAAGCAAAACACUUGCAGAACCCUUCGACACACCCGAACGACUUCCCAUCUCAUGGAGCUUCCUCCUAGAGCCCCUGAUCGCGGUGUAUUUGCCGAAAUUCAUUGGAAAACUGCUCGGACUGCGCGCUGCCGCCAGUACUGUAGAUGCCGGCACAUGGAUCGGACCACCCAUGUUCUUUGACCCGACCGCCACGGAAACAAGCAGAGUAAAGAUUCUUGAAAUCGAAGCUCUGCUUGUUCAAAAUGCUGUCCGGGUUUCAAGAAGCCAUGACACCAAGCUCACCGGGACGAUACAUCAAAUGAUCAUUCGGGCUUUAAGCAAGGCCAUUCCCGACGCCAGUGUUACAAAUUUCGUGUCCGCCACCCCGGUUGAUAUGCGGGCAUCUAUCGGUACCCCCGGUCUGACAUGGGGUCUGUUCGUUUCGGGGUACUAUGGCGUACAUCCUCGUCCUUCCGGCGCGGAGGCUCCCAAGUUGUCCGAAGAGUCGUGGACGUCUGCUAGCACGAUGACAAAGGGAAUGUCUGCAUGUGCUGCUACCCUCCAGGAUCAAGCGAUCGGGCUGUUGAGAUAUGUCCCUGGAAUCCGGAAGUGGACUUUAAGUAAAUUGGGCCAGCAGCGGGAUUCCUCGUACGAGUUGAGCAACCUGCUUGCUUUUGAUAAUUCGGAUGAGGGCCAUCGGUGCAGGGUCUCUAAAAUGGUGUUCUCGCAACCCGGCAAUGUCACUAGUGCACCUCUGGUAUUUAACGUCAUCAGUGUGAAGGGAGGCAGCUUGACCUGCACUGUGAGUUGGCAAGCUGGAGCUCUGGGUGUACCGCUUCACGAGGAGCGGGCAUUCGUUGAUGGAAUAUGUCUGUCAAUUCGAGCGGAUUUCGAGACUUUGGAGUUAUUAACCAGCAGUUCUGCUCCUACAAGCUCAAGUGAAACCACAAAAGAGCAGAACUUCUGUCGCAAUGAAUACAACGUCAGCGGUCUGUGCAACCGCCAGUCCUGCCCCCUGGCCAACUCGCGAUAUGCGACUGUCCGAACCGACCCCGAAACCGGUGUCAUGUACCUGUACAUGAAGACCGUCGAACGAGCCCACAUGCCCAGCAAAUGGUGGGAGCGAGUCCGCCUGUCUUCCAACUAUGCCAAAGCACUCGAGCAAGUCGAUGAGCGACUCAUCUACUGGCCUAAAUUCCUGACCCACAAGUGCAAGCAGCGUCUCACCCGUCUGACGCAAGUGAACAUCCGCAUGAAGAACAUCGCCAAGGAAGACGAGCGUCUUGGUGAAAAGCUGGUGCCCAAGCUGGCGCCUAAGAUCCGUCGUCGUGAGGAGACUCGUGAGCGCAAGGCCGAGUCUGCUGCUAAGGUUGAGAGAGCCAUUGAGCGUGAGCUUAUUGAGCGUCUGCGCAGUGGUGCUUACGGUGACCGACCGCUCAAUGUUGAGGAGGGGAUCUGGAAGAAGGUUCUCCGGGGACUUGAGCGGGCUGGUGACGGUGAGCGUGAUGUCGAUAUGGAUGAUGGUGAAGAGAUCGAGGAGGAGGAAGAGGGUGUUGGCGAGGUGGAGUAUGUCAGUGAUCUUGAUGAGGAGGAGGAUCUCGAGGAUAUGGAGGAUUGGCUGGGUGUGGACUCGGCUGACUCUAGUGAUGACGAUGAGGAUGCUGAUGAGAGCGACGAGGACAGUGAGGAGGAGUCCAGUGAGGAUGAAAAGAAGCCCAAGCCUAGUGCUAAGCGGAAGGCAGCACCUGCUCCCAGCAAGCCUCGCAAGAAGGGACCUCGCAUCGAAAUCGAAUACGAGACCGAGGGUGCUGGCAAGGACCAAAUCAUGGCAUGA